UCGGGCCUAAAUGGCCCGAGGUUCCACUCUGUGUAAUUGCCAUUCAUCCAGAAUACCAAAGCCGCCCUGUCACGUCAUCUCAGCCAGCCAAUCAGCGCGUAGAGCGCGGGGAGUGGGGCGGAGCCCUCUCGGAGAAGGCAGCGCAAUUAAACGGAGGGGAGCGCAAUUUAAAUCCAAAACACUGCUGGACGCGCGCCGAGUGGGUGAAAAAACACACACGCUUACAGACACAUACAUCGAGGACACACACAAACCCACACCGUGUCAGCGGAUGAGUGAGGGAGAAGAGCCCGCUGCUGUGACACCGGGUCCGGUCAAGUUGAAGUGGAGUGGCGCGGGACCCUGAGGUGCGCACUGUGAGUCAGUGCGAGGAGCGGAAACACGCACAGUGGAUUCUCUCGUUUUCUUUUUUGAUUUUUGUGUGGAAACUAAAAUCAGGAGGAAGAAGUGUUUCUCUCUCCCCUCGGCUCCUCUUAGGGACUCUCUCUCCUCCGCCGCACUGAUGGGAUGCUCUUCUCUGCUGGGAUUAUCGCUCCUCUGAGCCUCUGUGGGCUUUCCUCACAACGGCGGUGACCCCCGCGGCUCCUCCGCCCGCAGCGACUCCUCUCCGGUCUCCUCCGAGCUCCAGCGGUCGUUCAUAUGAGCGCAGCGUUCAGUCCGUCCUUCAUGGUGAUGCAGCGGCCACUCGGAAGCACCACCGCCUUCAGCAUCGACUCUCUGAUCGGGGGGCCUCCUCAGCCCAGCCCGGGACACUUCGUCUACACCGGGUACCCGAUGUUCAUGCCAUACCGGUCGGUGGUGCUCCAGCCGCCCCCACCGCCACCCCCGGGCCUCCAACAGGCGCUCCCCACCGGACAUCACCCGCACCCCCAGAUCCCGAGCCUGCAGAGCGGCUUCUGUUCCAGCCUGACGCAGGGCCUGACGCAGGGCAUGGCGCUCACCUCCACCCUCAUGGCCUCGCUCCCCGGCGGCUUCUCCCCAUCCCAGCAGCACCAGGAGGCAGCCAGGAAGUUCGGAUCUCAGGCACUGCAUGCGGUCUUCGACAAAGCUCAGGAGCUGCGGCUGGACGCGGAGGACGGAAAGAGCUUCCUGCAGGGGAAGGAGUCUGCGGCGCUGCCGGCUUUCCACGACACGGACACGCCGGUACAGGCAUCCACAGUCAGAGCACACAGCAAAGAAGACUCCAAGGAGGAGGAGUGCGGCCGGAAGGACGAGAGCUUCUCCAUGGACAGCGACCUGGACUAUAGCUCGGACGACAACCUCACCUCCAUGUGCCACAAAGAGGACGGAGACGGAGGAGGGGGAGGUCUGGAUGAAGGAGGAGGUGCGGGGGGCGGAGGCGGCGGGAAGAACCGGCGGAGGAGGACGGCGUUCACCAGCGAGCAGCUGCUGGAGCUGGAGAAGGAGUUCCACUGCAAGAAGUACCUGUCCCUCACCGAGCGCUCCCAGAUCGCGCAUGCGCUCAAACUGAGCGAAGUGCAGGUGAAGAUCUGGUUUCAGAACCGGCGCGCGAAGUGGAAACGCGUGAAGGCUGGAAACGUGAACAACAAGUCCGGGGAGCCGUCCCGGAACCCCAAAAUAGUGGUGCCCAUCCCCGUGCACGUGAGCCGCUUCGCAAUAAGGAGUCAGCACCAGCAGAUGGAGCAGGCCAGACCGUAGAAGAAGAAGCGGGAGGACCGAGGCCGAACUGAGAGGCCGCGAGCCGCGUUUAAGGGGGGAGGUGUUGUUUUAUUGUGAAAAUACCGGAUUCAAGAUUUUCAAAAAUCGCAGAACUCAUUAAAAAAAGGAAAAAAAGAAAAGAAAGAAACGUGAAUGAGUUUAAUGUGAUGGGUUUAUUAUUUUUAUAGUUUCUAUUUUAACAGAUUUCUUUCAUCGAAGCUUAGAGAAAAGAAAAAAUAUCAAAUGAAGUGAAUAAAACUGAUCUGAAAAUGUGACAAAUUCAAACAUAAAGGAGGAUAAUUCAAAAUAAUCACGUGAAUAUUUUUCAUGAAGUAAAAUCUGUAAAAAUCUUCUCACUGCAGCGCUUUUACCUUUGGGAUAUCUUUGCGAUAAUAAUUAUCUUUUUUAUUACAUUUCAUUUGAUUUUUAUAAAAUAAUUUUACAUCAUUGAAGUGAGAAAUCAGGAAAAAUAAAAAGUUAAAUCUGAAAAUAAUUAUUAUUCAUCACUGUUUAAAGAGGUGCGAUAUUUUUUUUUCUUCUUUUUUUUCAAACUGCGGCACCGAUUCAAGAAAAUUCCGCUUUUUCUGAACGGAGUUGGUUUGAUCAUAAAACACUGAGGACAUCUCCACAAAGUAGGAACCCGACUGACUGCAGAGGCUGACUCCGGACUUCUUCUUCUCUGCAGGAAGUUAAAAAUAAAUAAACAAAAGCACACCUGAAAAACAAAAGAAGAGACAGAGAGAAAAUUGCGGCAGGAGGAGGAAGACUCAGACUGACGGGUUGUUUCGGCAACAUGUUGAUCAACCCACACCCCCUCCCCUCCUACCCACACAUGUACAUACUUCCGGGACCAAGCAGAUGAGUCGUGUGUUUCUGUUUGUUUGGACUGAAUGAAGCUGCUAAUUUAUUUACACAAAACUUGUGACGAGAAACAAAAAAAAAAA